AUGGGCUGCAAAUUUUAGAGGUAACAGAUAUUCAUUAGGCCACGAGACAUUAGACUGUGAGAAAGACAAAGAGUACUGAAAUUUCAGUUUGUACGAAUUCGGAUAAUAUGAUUAUAGUGCCUGCAUAGACUUCGUAUUACAGCAGACUGAUCAAGAAAAAUUGACAGUCAUUGGACAUUCUCAGGGAACUGCAAGUUUUUUUGUACUCGGAUCAAGAAGACCUGAAUAUAACGACAAAAUCAAUGUUUUUAUUGCCUUAGCUCCCAUAGCGUAUUUAAGUCAUUUGAGGGGGUUGCUAGAAAUUGUUGUUGAAUUGAUAAUACCAAUACAUUCUAUGUUCACAUCGCUGGGAGUGGUAGAUCUAUUUAAAGAGAAUUCUACACUAAAAAACUUUUUAGAGGUUGCGUGCACUCAAGAUAUUGGAAGUUAUGAACUUUGUUUUGAUGGCAUUAUUUUCUCAGUAGCAGGUUUUGAUAGUGAAGAAAUAGAGCCACAAUUCUCACAUAUACUGUUUGGUCAUUGUCCAGCUAGAAUUUCUUUAAAGAAUAUAUAUCACUUAGGCCAAAUUGGUAAUAGAAAUAAAUUUGCUGAUUACGAUUAUGGUACAAUUAAAAAUAUUGAAGUUUACGGCACGACGGAUCCUCCGGAAUUUGAUCUGGGGAAAGUUACAGCGAAGACCGCUUUGUUUGUUGGUGAAAAUGACUUCUUGGCCACUAUAGAAGACGUCGAUACUCUCAACUCUCAAUUACCAAAUGUAGUAAAGUAUCUACUUUUACCCCGAAAGGAGUUUAAUCAUAUGGAUUUUGUUUGGGGGAAACAUAUGCCAGAAACUUUAUAUCCUUAUGUAUUUGAAAUAUUAGAAAAAUUUUCGUAGAGCACGGAUUUAAAACAAAUUAUAUACUUCUUCUAUUUACUGAUGACACUCAUCUAUUGUUAAACAUGAGUAAUAUAGAAAUAUAGCACUUUA